UAUAAAUAGAGGACAAAUUAAAGGUGGAGCUAGGCUGUGGGACAAAGGAAGAAAAAAUUUAAGUGAUUCAAUGGCUACAAAAAGUUUUCUAGUUUACUUGUUAACAAGUUUCUCUGUGGCUGUUCUAUCUGUUUUGUUCAUCAACUUUCAUAAUGCUGGUGUAGAACCAAGAUAUUCCACAAAUUCCAACCUUUUGCAGUUGCCUGUUGGAUCUCAAACCAAAAUUUGGCCGGAAUUGAAGUUUGGUUGGAGGCCAGUUCUAGCUGCAGUGAUAGGAUUCUUGGGAUCAGCUUGUGGAACAGUAGGUGGAGUUGGUGGAGGAGGCAUUUUUGUUCCUAUGCUCACUUUGAUUGUUGGAUUUGAUACCAAAUCUGCUGCUGCUAUUUCCAAGUGUAUGAUUAUGGGGGCAUCAGCAUCAUCAGUAUGGUACAACUUAAGAGUACCACAUCCAUGCAGAGAAGUACCAAUAAUUGAUUAUGAUUUAGCUCUACUUUUUCAGCCUAUGCUCAUGCUAGGAAUCACCAUUGGUGUUUCUCUUAGUGUUGUUUUCCCCUAUUGGCUCAUAACUGUCCUUAUUAUCAUCCUUUUCUUAGGAACUUCAUCAAGGUCAUUUUUUAAAGGGAUUAAGAUGUGGAAAGAAGAAACUAUUCUCAAGAAAGCGAGGGAACAUGCUACAAUUAAUUCUCAUGGUGAACUUGUAAUUGAUACAGAUUAUGAACCUCUGGUCCCCAAGGAGGAAAAAACUGCACUACAACUUAUGAAGUUCAACCUUGAUUUAAAGAGAGUAGUUGUGCUAUUUCUACUUUGGAUCAUAUUUCUGCUUCUUCAAAUCUAUAAGAAUAAUCUAGUGGCUUGUAGUCCAAUGUACUGGGUACUCAUCUUAUUACAGUUCCCAGUAGCACUGGCUGUGUUUUUGUAUGAAUGUGCCAAACUUUACAAAGAGAGCAAGAAAAGAAGAUUAGCAGGGAACCCAAUAUCAGUUUGUGAGGCUGACGUUGAAUGGUCAGUGAGAAAUCUUUUAUUUUGUGCCUUUUGUGGCAUACUGGGAGGAACUGUUGGUGGCUUGCUUGGCUCUGGUGGUGGAUUCAUUCUUGGCCCUCUUCUUCUUGAAAUCGGCGUCAUCCCACAGGUAGCUAGUGCCACAGCAACUUUUGUGAUGAUGUUCUCAUCAUCUUUAUCUGUGGUAGAGUUUCACCUACUCAAGAGGUUCCCAAUACCUUAUGCUCUGUUCCUGAUGAUGGUUUCUGUAGUGGCUGGUUUCUGGGGACAGUUUUUUAUUAGAAAAGUUAUCACAAUAUUAAAGAGAGCAUCAAUUAUUGUCUUUAUACUCUCUGGUGUCAUUUUUGCUAGUGCUCUUAUAAUGGGGGUGGUUGGAAUAGAGAAGAGCAUUACAAUGAUACAAAAUCAUGAAUUCAUGGGAUUCUUGGAUUUCUGCAGCAGUCAAUAGUUGUAUACUAAUGUUUGCAAGAAAAUAGUAGAAGUAAACAAUAGUUGGAGUAGCAAACAGCAGCAGAAUAUUGGCCAAUGCCUAAUUGACCAAUCCUUUUAAUUAGAAAGGUGAAGAAUUAAUUAUAAAAAAGAAUGUUUUCGUAGGGGUUAUAUAUAGUGCGUCUGAAAGUUAGCUAGUAAGUUUUUACUAUUUUUGUGUAUGGCUAUUUAUAUCAGUGAGUUAGCUAUUGCAAAACACUUUUGCCUCAA